AUGACAGAGAAAAUCCAACCGUCGCUCCGCUGGGGAGUUAUAGGAACCGGCUGGAUUGCAACAGAGUUCACUCGUGAUCUUCUGCUCGAUCGUCCCGAUGCCCGGGCCUCGCACUCUUUCGUAGCAAUCGGGUCCUCAUCAACCCAAAAAGGCAAUACCUUCGUCUCGACAAUAUGGGCCUCAGCCUCAAGCUCCGCCCCCCGGCCAACCGUCUACGACGACUACCAUUCCGUCUACAACGACCCAAACGUCGACAUCGUCUACAUCGGCACCCCGCACGCUCUGCACGCGCAAAGCUGCCUCGACGCCAUCGCGGCAGGCAAACAUGUGCUCUGCGAGAAGCCUUUGACCAUCAAUGAAAAAGAAGCCCAGACCGUGAUCGCAGCCGCGAAAGAAAAAGGCGUCUUCCUCAUGGAAGCAGUGUGGACGCGUUUCUUCCCCCUCGUCUCCUCCCUCCACAGCAUCCUGCACGUGGAGAAACGUGUCGGUGGGCUGCAUCGCCUGUUCUGCGACUUUGGGCUUGAUAUGCAGAUGUCGACGUUGUCGCCGACCUCGCGAGUGAAAGACCCCGCCCUUGGCGCUGGCGCACUGCUCGAUAUCGGUAUAUACUGCUUGACCCUCGCCCGCGUGAUUUUGGAUGGCAAAGCUGGUGUCGAGGCGAGCGAGCCGGAGGUAAUGAGCACCAUGACGAUAGUCGAUGGUAUCGACUACUCCGACGUCGUCAUCUUAUCCUAUCCGCCGAGUGAGACUCAACCUCAACGGACAGCCAUCUGCACCGCGACCGUCCUCCACAAGUCUCCUGAGGACUUCUGCCGCGUUGAGGGCGAUCUUGGGAGUGUGACGGUCUUUGGACGCACUGCGGCAGCGCCUUUUGGCUUCAGGAUCAAGUUGAAUGAGAGUGUAGAGGAGGAGGUGCUUGAGUUCGAGAGGCCGGGAAUGGGCUUCCAUUACGAAGCCGAUGCGGUCGCUUUGGAUAUCGCUGAGGGAAGGAGAGAGAACGCGAUCAUGCCUUUAGAGGAGACGGCUCGGAUGAUGAGACUGAUGGAUCGAGUUAGGAAGGCCAACGGCGUGAAGUAUCCGCAGGAUGAUUGA